AGGAUUAUUGUCGGCGUGAAGUACUGCUUCCGCUACAACCAGCGUAACCGUCAGCGCGCACUCGGUGAGGAUGGUAAUCCCAUUGACCUUAUGGCCAUGCCUCGCCCCCACAGACGCCGAAGGGAGAAGAAACUCAUGACCAUGGACGACGUAAACGAGCGCUUCCCUCUCACCAAGUACAAGUUAUGGAGGGCUUCACGCGAGGCCGAUGGGCUGCCUGCCGCCGGCGGUGUGAGUGCUGCUCCAAGUCGCGCUCCAAGCAUUCGACACUCCAAUCCGCCAGACCAGCACGAGUCACCUCAGUCUCCUCGUACUACUCUUGAAAUGGCUCAGCAACAUCAUGUCAAUACCGCUGCCGCUGCCUCAUCGACUGCCGCUGCUACUUCUUACGACAAGGUCCCACUGGAAAAGGCAGAGACCGUCGCAUCGUCCAUGCAUGAGAACGAUCACGAGUCUGACGACGAAGACGAUCCAAUUCGGACUGCUGCGCCACCUGAGAUGGUUGCGCCCCCUGGUGAUACUUGCGCUAUCUGUCUGGAUAACCUCGAAGAUGACGAUGAUGUUCGCGGUCUCACUUGUGGCCACGCCUUCCACGCGGCAUGUCUUGAUCCUUGGCUCACUUCCCGUCGUGCAUGCUGCCCUCUAUGCAAGGCCGACUACUAUGUUCCAAAGCCUCGUGCUGCAGACGACGCUGACGAGACUGGUCGUAGGGAGCGCGGUAUGCGUUUACCCUCCAGCCCUGCCGCUGCUUGGAUUGGUGGUCGUAGAUCAGGGAACACGGGCAGAAGGCGCAUGAUGCUAGGCGGUCCAAGGUUUCUGGUUGGCGAACCUCAUACAGAACAACACGGCGUCCCAGAGAUCGUGCAAGGCGAUCCAAGCACAGCCGAUCGACAAGAAGCUCAAGGUGGAUGGCUCAGCAGACUGCCGCGAUUCUCGAAUCCUCUUCGACGUGGGAACAACACAACUACUACACCAGGUGAUCUUGAAGCUGGAACUUCGAGAUGA